ACCGAUGAUUAUUUGCCUUAUUGACAUGGCCUACGAGACAAAACCUGCUCUGAAAUCAAUGUGUGUUAGUGCUACAGCAUGGACGUCAACAAAGCAACUCUAAUUCUCUGUGUUUUCCUUUACGCAGGUGUCUUUAAAGUUCAGACCCAGAGCACAGUUUUAGAUGAGUACACUAAAACUGAUGGUGCUUGGAUUCUCACACUGCAAAAAAAUCAGUACCGUGCAACAUCAGCGGAAGAAUGUGCACUAAAGUGCAACGCAGAAACACUGCUCACAUGCAGGUCCUUUCUAUUCACUGAAAAAGAUCAGGAGUGCAGAACAAUACCAGCCAACUCGAAGAUAGAGCCGGUGCUUCGGAGAAUGAGUACAGCUCUUUAUGAGAAGAAAGAUUAUUUACUUGAAUGUCUGACUGACAGCAGUAGCAACUACAGAGGGACAAAGAGCAGGACAAAAUCGGGAAUAAUAUGUCAGCGCUGGGAAUCUACAUUCCCUCACAAGCCGAACAUCACACCGAAGACGCAUCCGAAAGCUGACCUGGAGUCCAACUUCUGUCGAAAUCCAGAUGGAGACAGCGAGGGCCCCUGGUGCUACACCGUGGAUGCGAAUAAGAGAUGGGAGCACUGUGACAUCCCCAGCUGCAGUGUGGAAUGCAUGUACUGUAGUGGAGAAAACUACAGAGGGAAGAUCUCCAUUACUGAGGGAGGAUUCACCUGUCAACGCUGGGACUCCCAGAAACCCCAUAACCAUGGAUACAUUCCCUCAGUUCUUCCUGACAAGUACUUGGAGGUGAACUACUGCAGAAAUCCAGACGGAGAACCCAGACCUUGGUGUUUCACCACAAGUCCAUCCAAACGCUGGGAUUACUGCUCCGUCCCUCGCUGCACGUCCCAGCCUCCAACCAUCGCAACAGAGUUGACCUGUGCUACAGGAGACGGGAAUUCAUAUAGAGGCAACAUUGCUGUGACCAUUUCAGGGAAAACUUGCCAAGAGUGGUCAUCUCAGUUUCCUCAGAAGCAUUCCAGAACACCACAGAACUACCCUUGCAAAGGUCUGGAUAACAACUACUGCAGAAACCCUGACAACGAAAGGAGUCCCUGGUGUUACACCACCGACCCAGAAACUCGCUGGGAGUACUGCAAUAUACCGAGCUGUGGUGCCGAGCCACGCCCAGACGAGCCAGUUAUCGCUCCAGCUGAGGACUGCUACACAGGAGAUGGCAGCUCGUACCGUGGAGUCAUGUCAGAGACCAUCAGUGGGAAGAAGUGCCAGUUCUGGGCCUCUAUGGAACCUCAUAGACAUACAAAGACACCACAGACAUACCCCAAUGCAGAUUUAAGAAGAAACCUGUGCAGGAACCCUGAUGGUGACACAGCUCCAUGGUGCUACACAACUGACCCCUCUGUGCGCUGGGAGUACUGUAAGAUAGAGCGCUGUAGCAUUCGCCCCAAUCAGACCAUUCAGUCCACUCAGAGUGGGCGUAUCCCUAUGGCCCCCGUAACACAGGCUCCUAUUUCUUCACAACCCGCAGAAGAAGAUUGCAAGCUUGGCAAUGGAGCAAAUUAUCGAGGUCCGAUAUCGAGGACCGUAACAGGAGUGAGCUGCCAAGCCUGGAGUGCCACAACACCCCACAGUACCACCUUUACACCUUCAACUCACCCUGACAAGGGUCUGGAGUCUAAUAAUUGCAGAAAUCCUGAUAAUGACCCAAACGGACCUUGGUGUUACACUAUGGAUCCUAGAAAGAAGUGGGACUACUGUUAUAUUCCAGACUGUGAUACACCAAAAUGCGGACAGCCAGCAGUAAAACCAAGACGCUGCUUUGGCCGGAUCGUCGGAGGAUGCGUCUCUAAGCCUCACUCUUGGCCUUGGCAGAUCAGUCUCAGAACCAGCAAUGGCUUCCACUUCUGUGGAGGAACUUUAAUCCAUGCUCAGUGGGUCCUUACAGCAGCUCACUGCCUUGAACGAUCUAACAGACCAUCUGCCUACAAAGUAUACUUGGGAAUCCAUUCAGAAAGGGCAAAUGAGGAGUCCAGACAGAUCCGAAACCUGGAAAAGAUUAUAAAGGGGCCAGCAGGAACAGAUAUCGCUUUACUCAAGCUGGAAACGCCAGCUGUUUUAAAUGAUAAAGUGUCUACAGUGUGUUUGCCUGAGAAAGACUACAUCGUGCCCAGCGGGACAGAAUGCUAUGUUACAGGCUGGGGAGACACCCAAGGAACGGGGGGAGACGGCAUUCUGAAGGAGACCGGCUUCCCAGUCAUUGAAAAUAAAGUGUGCAACCGUGCAGCCUACCUGAACAACCGAGUGAAGGACAAUGAGAUGUGUGCAGGAAACAUCGAGGGAGGAACUGACAGCUGUCAGGGUGACAGUGGAGGUCCUCUAGUAUGCUUUGCUCAGAACACCUUCGUUCUUCAGGGAGUGACAUCGUGGGGUCUCGGCUGCGCCAAUCCCAUGAAGCCUGGUGUGUAUGCUCGUGUCUCCAAGUUCACUGACUGGAUCGAAAACGAGACAAAGUCAGUUUCUUGAGUGUAUCAGUCCAAUGACAGGCAUCCAAGUCUGAAGUGCAAAUUAAAACUUAGGAAAUGUAAAUCAACAGUUCUCUGUUUCUGAACUCUUUUUGAAGCUUAAUAAAAACAUGCUUUCAUUUUGCACCUAAUUUUAUCAGAUGGCAAUUUAUAUGCACACAUUAAAGAAGAAAAAUUUGGA